UUGCAAAAAAUAAUUAGACACUAAACGUGAAAAAUUUAAGCAAAUAAAAAGUAAAGUGCUACAAAAUGAUGUUUACGAAAAAAUUUCACGAGCUGAUAUGGGAUUACUUGGUAUUUGUGAUUUUCAUCAUUUUUAGUACAAUAGCGCCGCUAUGGAGUAACCUUCGAUCCAGCAAGACGAAAAAGCGAGUCAAGAGUAAGGCGAAUUAUGUCUUUGCCGGCAGCGUUGGAAUGUUUGCCAUGAUGCUCUCGAUUGGCAGAGGAACGCUUGGAGUGCGAACUUUUAUUGGAUUUCCCAGUGAAUUGUAUUAUCGCGGAGCCGAGAUGUGGGAGACGCUUUAUGGAUACAUUUCCGCAUAUCCAGUCGUGUGUUUUCUCUUCAUUCCCGUGUACUUCGAUCUGGGAAUUACUUCCGUGUAUCAGUAUUUGGACAUGAGAUUUAAAAGUCGUCUGGUACGUUGUCUGGCAUCCGGAUCAUUUAUCAUUCGUCAAGUCAUGAAUCAGGGAAUUACGAUUUACACGCCGACCGUUGCCUUGAAUACCGUUAUCGGGAUUCCGUAUUGGGCUUCAUUGGUUGGAAUGACUGUAAUUAGUAUCAUUUUUAACAUUUUGGGAGGAUUGAAACAUGCCAUCAAAGCAGAUGUAAUUCAAGUUUUUACAACGAUCGCAGUGACAAUCGUCAUCAUCAUUCAUGGUUUUUACAAAGGAGGUGGCAUAGCAAAAACAUAUACAACGAACAGAGAUCAAGGUCGCUUGGAUUUUUUCAACUUCACCGGCGACAUGACAGUUCGCGUUGAUACACUUUCCGCAUGGAUGGGUCAGUUUUUCAUCUCCAUGAGUCAGUUCGGCUGCCAGCAAAACUUCAUUCAACGUUACUUAAGUAUGCCAUCUCUCAAAAAGAUCAACAAGAUGAUGAUGUCAAACAUCCCGAUGAUUUUCGUGCUGUUUUCCCUCUCAUGGGUUGCUGGAAUUGGAAUUUUCGCCACGUACUGGAAUUGUGACCCUUUGAAAGCUGGAAUAACUCAAAAGAAGGAUGAGCUCUUGCCUUAUUUCGUUGACAAUGAGUUCAAUUAUCUUCCCGGGUUCACAGGACUUUUCAUGGCUUGUUUGUUCAACGGAGCUCUGGCCUUGCAAGUUAGCAAUUUGAACUCUUUGGCGACAGUUACUUGGGAAGAUUUCUUGUCGCAGUUGCCAGCGUUCAAAAAUAUGAAGGAUAAGCAACAAGUGAACAUUAUCAAGUUUGUGGGGACCGUUUAUGCGGUUUUGAUCAUGGGAGUUGGCUUCACCGUGGGACUUUUAUCGGGGGUUAUUGAAGCAAGUAUGCUCAUGACUUCAAGUACUUCAGGAUCGUUGUUGGGAGCUUUUGUAUUGGCCAUUAUGUGUCCAAUUGCCAAUUGGAAAGGAACUUCCGUGGGAAUGAUUGUCGCUCAAAUGACCACCACAUGGCUCGUUUGGGGAAAUUUGACCCUCGGAAAGACCAAAAAGAGUCUUUUGCCCACCUCGAUUGAUGGUUGUUCCAACGAAACUUUGUCCAAUUUGAACAAGAACAUGUACAGCUCAUGGUUGAUGUCCAACAAACCCUUGGAGAUCAAUUCUUACAACACUUUUGGAGUUCCUACCACUCCCGCUCCCGAACCAGAAAGCUCUCUUGCGGGUCUCUUUUCCGUUACUUACAUGUACUACAGUGUCUUUGGAACAUUAAUCACCGUCAUUAUCGGAGUUAUUGUAAGCGCCUUGACACAAUCCGACGAAGACAAUUACGAAUCGAAAUUAGUUCAUCCUUUGGCUCGCAAGGCUUGCGCUUUCCUUCCUUUCAAAAAACGCGUUUAUCUCGAUCAAGUCGAAGGAGCAUCGCCAGCUGGUGAAAAUACCGAUGAAAAGCCCGGAACACAAAUGCACGAAAACCUGGGUUACGUCAAAGAUACCGCCGAAGAAUCUACUUCGACGAAAAAACAUCCACAAUCGAGCAUUUUCACGAUAUUCCGUCGAGAAGAUAAAAAUGAGACAGCUGAAAAUGUCGAUAACACGCAACAAGUUGAAACCACGUCCGAAAAGAAAAGUGAAACUCAAGUGUCAUAAUUAACUUCGAACAAAAAGAAAAUUACAAGUUGUUGUAUUUUGAUCAUUAUUGUUAUAAAAAAAAAAUAAAUUUGUAGUUAGAUAGAAUAUUUUAAUAUGUAAUGACUAAGACUGUGAUUAAAAAAUAGGAUUUUUUUUAGAGUUAGGACGAUUCCAGAUGAAUUGAAAUUAAUUUGUUUCCGCU